GCAGGUUUUAUCGGGUAUCAAGCAACAAUGUCUUCAGUUGAUGGUUUGAGAGAGUUUGUCAACGAGCGACUAUCUGCUGCUGCUGAAGAAAUAUUCGGAGUUUUUAAAAGAAGCUUCGUCGAGUACCAGGAAGAGAUCGACCGGCAGCGCGGACUGUUGGAUGUUUUAUUGAAACCCGAAGUGAGGUUACACCGGAUAGAGCUCCCGCAGUCACGUGUCUGUAAGGAGGAGGAGGUUCUCUGUGACCAGCAGCUCUGUCUCCAGGAGAGGAACCCCAGUCUGGACCAAGAGGACCCAGAUCCUCCACAGAUUAAAGAGGAACAGGAGGAACUGUGCAGCAGUCAGGAGGGAGAGCAGCUUGAACCGAAGCAGGAGGCCGACACCUUUACAUUGACUCCCACUUGUGAGGAAACUGAUCACAGUGAUGAUAAGACUCCGUUUUUGAAUCCUGACAGAAGUCCGAGUGAAUCAGAGACAGAGCCUCCAGCUAGCACGUGUACUAGCUGGUUAGAUGAGGAAAUAGACUGUGAACGUUUUGUGGUACCAGAACAAAACGACAACAACAAGGAGCCACAACAGCAGAUUCUGGCUCCUCCAGGUGACAAGACAUUUUUGUGCGAAACAUGUGGAAAAUAUUUCCAACAUAAAAAAAGCUUAUUGGCCCACGUGAAAAGAUUCCACAGUGUUGAUCAACCAUAUUCCUGCAUCACCUGUGGGAAAAGAUUCAUGGAUAAAUCAGUAUUUGAGAUUCAUAAAAGAGUCCACAGUGAUGAGAAACUAUUUUCUUGCCAAAUGUGUGGAAAAGAUUUCAAAUUUAGCAGUAGUUUAAAAGUCCACGUGAAAGUUCACACUGGGGAAAGGCCAUAUUCUUGCAACACCUGUGGGAAAACAUUCACUCAUAAAUCAUCAUUUGAGAUUCAUAAAAGAGUCCACAGUGAUGAGAAACCAUUUUCUUGCCAAACUUGUGGGAAAUACUUUAAGUGUAGUAAUGGCUUAAAAAUACACAUCAAAAUUCACUCUGGGGAAAGGCCGUUUUCUUGCAUCACCUGUGGGAAAACAUUCAAUCAGGCAUCAAAUUUGAAGUCUCAUAUGAGAAUUCACAGUGGAGAGAAGCCAUUUUCUUGCGUCACCUGUGGGAAAACAUUUACUCAGGCAUCAAAUUUGAAGUCUCAUAUGAGAAUUCAUACUGGGGAGAGUCCUUAUUCCUGCGUCACCUGUGGGAAAACAUUCCCUACUACCUCACAUUUGAAGUAUCAUAUAGGAAGCCAUACUGGGGAGAAGCCACAUCCUUGCAUCACAUGUGGAAAAACAUUCCCUACUAAAUCACAUUUGAAGGCUCAUACAAGAGUCCAUACCGGGGAGAAGCCAUAUUCCUGUAAAAUAUGUGAAAGAUGUUUCAGAAGUUCUAGUAACUUAAUUGUCCACAUGAGAAAAAUCCACAAGUGUGAACAGUCAUAGAUGCAACUCCUGUGAGGAAAUAUUCUGAGCAAUUCCAAAGAUUAUUAUUUACAUAGUACAUCUUCAGCAAUAAAACAGGGCAUUGUUGAAUUUGCCUGUUUUUUCCUUCAUGUAACGUGGUGUUAGUGACAUGUUUUGGGGUAAUUUACUGUAAUCACUUUAAAUCUUUGAAAUGUCAACAUUGAACAUAUUCUGUAUCCUGCACACGUUUAAACUGUUUUUUUAAUAUAUAUAUAUAUUUAUCUGAAAAUAUAAUUGUCAAUCUGACAAUGGCCUGCAAAUAAAAAUGAAAAAUGAUUGUAACUGAUAA